CAUCGACGAGAAAAGGAAAGAGGGAGAAGUCUGAAGGAGGACACAAACAUUCAACAGCACUGUUGUGAAGGAGAGAGGAGACUACGAGCACCAGUGAAGAGCUGGAGAGAAGCAUCAACCCUCCCGAGUGAAAUGCCAAAGAGCUGACAAUGGAGUUCACAGCACUACUCUGGCUUUUACCUGUAUUCACUUUGACAACACAAGAGCUGGUGGGACUAAGUGUGAGUCCCCACAUUACUACAGACUGUGGCAAACAGGUUACUUUACAGUGCAGAGUGUCCCCGUCUCCAAAUGGAUUGUCAAUCAAACAUAUGGAGUGGUCCCACAUGAAAACACCCUUGUGUUCCCUGAACAGUGAAGGAAACAUUUCAUACAACAGUAGCACAUUAACUGACUUCCACUGUGAGUAUGAAGAAGGACAGUUGUCCCUCAUCUUUCCCGAUGUGCAGCCAGAGCAGGACAGGGGGAAAUUGCAGCGCUACAGGUGCAAACUUCACUCCAAUAAGGGAGCUCUGCACAAAUAUACGACUGUGGAGUUAAAGGAUUGUGCUAAGAUGGUGGAGGGUGUUUUAACAAGCGACGGUCCCACUUGCACCUUCGACAGCGUCCACCCUGACGGAGACGUGCACUGGUUUCAGGGCUCCCACAAUCUCUCAGACGGCUCCAUAAAGCAGCACACGACUAAACGUGUAGAGAAAGGAGGUUGGCUGACUAUCCACAGUUACCUGGAGAGUAAAAGUUCAGACGGGCCCUACAACUGUUCCUUGAUGAACAGCAAAUCUGGGAGAUACAUGACCAGUGGUUUAAUACAGAGCGCUGAAGUUCUGGGGAUGGAUAGCACAAUACAACAUCCACCCCCCAAUGGAGGCAGAUCACUGAGACCCAUGAGGAUACUUCUGUGUAUCUUACUCACUGUCACACUGGUAUAACGGAUUUGCAAAAGUAAACACACAUCAUGGAGGCUGAUCAUACAGUAUAUCAGGGUAAGGUGGUGAUUAAGAUCAAAUUAAAGCAACACUAUGUAACAUUUACUGAGAAACAGCGCCACCUGCAGCCACAUGUGGUGAUACAUUUGGUUAGUUUCGAUUUCUGAGCAGUUGUCUAUCAAUCUUUGACUAAAACUGUGAAUGUGUAGUCCUGCUCACAAAAGAACUGUGGAUAUUCCACAUGCUUCCUGAUCCAGAAUAGCUGCCACUGUAACAAAUACACCGAACUCUGUUUGCAGUUCUUGAUAUUUUAAAAGUUACCACUGUGACCUCACAGCAACAAGGGUUCGGGUUCGAAUCCCGGAUUUCUGUGGGUUCUCUGGCCUCCUCUCACAGUCCAAAGACAGAGACUCUAAAUUGUCUGUAGGCGUGAAUGGUUGUGUGUCUCUUUAUAUUGGCCCUGCGAUGUGCUGGCGACCUGUUCAGGAUGUAUCCUCUCAACCAAUAUCAUCUGGGACUGGCUGCAGCGCCCUCCGCCACCCUGAAUAAGAGAAACAGUAUCGACAAUGGAUGGAUGGAUAUCUUAGUUACCUCACAAGACAUUGGAGAUAAAGUAUUUUUGAACUGAUCUACAGCUCAGUGUUACUUUUGAACUUGCUGGUCCUCAUUCUGAAAGUCAGUUACUUCUCACAGGUAAUCAAACCUACUAACCAAAGUUGAGUAAGAAUAGACGUUCAGGGUGAGGAAGGGGGAACAAAGUUUGCACCAUUCUCUCUUUUCCAAGUCAGUGAACUAUCAAACUAAUUUGAAGCUGCUGUUUUUAGGUAAACAGUUGCAUAGUGUUGCUUUAAAUAGAACAAGUAACCAUGAGGUACUGAGAUUUAUCUCUUCUUUUAAUACCCAGGGCCGAAGCUCUAUCAGUAAAGUUAGUCAUCUCACACGGUCCAGAGGUGAAUUAUUCUUCCUGUUAGCUCUUGGCUGAAGUGACCGUGGAAAUUAUAGCGUUGAGAGGAGAUUACAAGGGAGGCGAUAAUCAUUACAGUGUAUAAAAAAUCCCUUGGUUGUUUUCUUUCUAUAUAGAGUCACAGACAAGGGAGCAGCACUUAUUUCUGAAAGAGUGACAUGACGACAGGUGCGUCCACACACGUCUGUAUGUGACUAUGAAAAUAAAACGUCAAAGGUUGGGCUCUGCCGUAAAUUCCCUUCAAAUCCACAACACUAUUGUGAGUGAAAUAUCUAACAGCUUAACUCAGGAACUGUCAGUCAUGCAGCACAUCUGAGUUUUGUGGGUGGAUGCUGCCCCCUGGUGAACAUAGUUGGGAUCAGUGAAGCGUGCAUCUCUGGCUGCUGCUGUACGACUCAAUGGUAUGAAGUGAAGAAAUGACACUAAAAAUACAAAGAAAAUCUACAUUUUUCAUAGAAUUAAACAGCAGGUUACAGCAGAAAUGGGAAAGAAGACAGACACAUGUCAUGUCUCCUGUGUCCUCUGUCUCUCACUGCCUUGCUGUAGAGGACAAACUCAGCACCGAGGCUAAAACUCGGCCUGUUUAACGGCUCAGUGCUUCCUCUUCAGACGGGACGUUAGAGAGCCUUUUCAAGUCAGAACAACUCUCUGCUAAUGGUGCCACUAAAUGGCUCUUACACAGAGGCAGGUAGAGCUUUCAGCAAGACGAGGCUACGACCGAGGGCCCGCUGGGUAAAUGAACAUGAGGUUACCUUGACUAUUCCAGCACACAAAGAUGCAUCCAGACACACAAACACAGACACACACACACGCACACACACAAGUGGAAUCUAUUUUGUGGAAUAAUUAUUGCUUUGCUUCAUAGGCAGCUGUUUGUUUAUCUCCUACAUGUUGGCACACAGGCACGUUUUUGAUUUAUUUGUUGUGCGAGGUCUCAUUUCUUUGCGAUGCAGAACAGAGUAAGUUUUAAGAUAUAAUAGCAUGAUAGUUUUUGUGACUUUACUGGAAAUUUCUCAUCUUUGUGAGGUUCAACAUUUUUUUUCAAAGGUUUUUUAUUUGAGAUUUCCUAUCCUAUUGAAUAAUAAUUGCUAGAGGUUUUAGGGCUUUAGAGAGGAAUUAAUAAAGUGAUAAUAAAAUCAAUUUUAGGUUAAUUGUGGUUUUCUCUCUGACAGAAACAAAUAUAGUAACAAAUGUCAUGUUAUCAUGUGAUGAGGCUCCCGCUGUGGAUUGGACUGUUCUGUAUGUCAUUUUAGAUAACAGCUUCUAACAAAUUAAUAAAUAAAAAUCACAGUGUAUUUAAUGAUUACUAAAACUUCCACAUGUAGAAAUUCAAUUGCUCGAGCAACAAUAUUAUCAAACGAUGCAUCUUAGAAGGAAAAGGGAAAUGUGCAAUCGCAGACAAAAUCAGA